UCUCCCUUCUUAUGUUUACCUCGCCCAACAGCGUCUGAUUUUGAUUAUGGCAACAGAGCGCUCACUGGGCGCUCUUCUGCGAUCUCUGCAGACUUCUUCGGAUACCCAGGAUGCUUUCGCCCUGCUGCCCACAGCCACCAGCCUCCUGUCUCUGCUAGGAAAUCCGUUGAAUCUCAGUCUCCUAGCAUCGCAAUUACUAUCGGCACCCGCGAUUUGGGAUCAUCCGAUCGAUCUCCACGCCUGUCGCAAGAUACUCAGCGUGUUCAAUACAGCCGCCAUCACCGUCCUACAUAACGAAACAGCGGAGGAUACAAGGAUCCCCUACGCGGGACCUCCAAAACUUGGGCGAGAGGAAUGGGUCAAGGCCAUCGUCACCGGGGCGGACGAUAAAUCACCGCGAUGGAGGCAUCUGCUGUUGAUCGGGGGUGUGCUUCUCGGGUUCGAGGGACAGAACAGACAAGGUCUGUCGUGGAGCGUGCGCAAGAAGCUCGAGUCAGCUCUGGUGACGGCUGCCCAGCUGGCUCUCGAGGAGCUGGAUCCCAACGGUGGGAUCGACGGUCUUUGCGUGACUAUGGUCUUGAACUAUUCGUUUGAGCUCCUGUCGGACUUUGAGAGGGGACACCUCGAAUACGAUCGAUUGUUGCCCGUCAUGGUUGAUGCGGUCUAUUCUUCGCCGGAAGGACUCGAGCGGGGAUACUUCCUCGGGACGGUUGAUAAGGAUAUUGUGGAAGGCCCUGCGAAGAAAUUCAUGUGGUCGCCGCAGUCUUUUACUUUCAACCGUGUAACUGGGAUCUCGUCGAGCCCGCUGGUGUCAGCUCUGGGCCCGCUCUCGCGGCUCAUCGCUCAUGCGGUCGAGAACGCCCGUGAUCCGAGCUUGGUGGUCAGGACUGUCGACUACAUCGCGGAAUUCGCGCGCACGUUGAUGGUCCAGUGGCGGCAGAACAAGUUGUCGGAAGUGGACAAGACGGAAGAGACCGAUUUCCUGGACCCGGAGUCGCUCCAGAACACGAUCCCAGGCCUGUGGAAGUUGCUCCGCAACAGUCUGUAUUCGACGGUGAUCGUCCUCCGGGCUGUCUUGGGAAGAGUGAUCAAUGAUAAGGUGCUGGCCGCCAACAAGAACGCACCGUUUCUGUCGAUGCAAGCACUGCAUGUUCUUCGAAACAUGUACUUUAUCACUUCCCGCAUCGGGCAGAAUGUGUCUUCGCAGCACAUGUUCGUGACGCUAGCAGCCGUGGAUAUCCUUUCCCAGUAUCCCGACCUGGCCGAGAAUUUCAUGAGAAGCAUCAAGCCAAGCGACGUGGGCCAGAUCCCCGCCCACCCCGUCGAACGGGCCCUCGACCUGUACUUUCUCAACACCGCAGAGCUGUUUACCAUCGUUCUGUCGCCUACAUGCAGUGAGGAGCUCCUCAUCUCAGCCGCCCUCCCAUACCUCCCCGCAGGAGGAAACAACAACCUACUUGACAUAUUCGAAGCCGCCCACAGCACCUGUCUCGCGGUGUUCGCCAUCCCCACCAACGCAUCCAUCGCAGCCAAAUAUCUCCCAUUCUACGUCGACAAUCUCUUCGCGGUCUUCCCGAAAAACCUCUCCAUCCGGCAAUUCCGCCUCGCAUUCAAAACCGUCCUCCAAGUAACAGCCCCACCCUCCCCAAUCGCCAACUCCAACCGCCUCCUCCCCUCCAUCCUCCUCGAAGUCCUCUACGACCGAGCCCACCGCGCCUCAGGAGACGCCCUCCCUCAGUCCGCCCAAGGCUUCACCAACGAAGACAUGGGCAAAUCCAUCCCGCUAUCCGAACAAGCAGCGCUCACGCUCUCCCUAAUCGACGGCCUCUGCUUCCUGCGCGUCGACGACCUCGAAGAAUGGCUCCCUCUGACGGCCACUCUCGUCAACAUGAUCCGCGGCCCUGACAUGCGCGCGCACUGCGUCCAGCGAUUCUGGGAGGCCCUCAGUAAUGGCGAGAUGGAUGUUGAGCGUGCUAAUUACUGUGUUACGUGGUGGAGUACCAAGGGAGGUCGUGAGUUGGUGCUGUUUGGGCCGGAGAUGGAGCAUGCGAAUACGGGGUCUGACCAGGGGGCGUAUAUGAGUGGUGCGAUUGGUGGCGUUGCGCCGGAGAGUAAACUUUGAGUUGGGUUGUUUUUGCUGGCGUGGCGUUGUGCGCGUGUUUAGUUCGAUAUAUUAUACCAUGGAGCGAUGUAUACAUAGCAUGAAUAUGAAC